AUGAGUGAUCUUGCAACCAGUGCAAGGAGUCUCAAGUUGAACAUAUCCAAGCUGCUGAAUGGAGCGACUAAAGUUGUUGAAAGAGAUGUAGGUUAUGCCAGAAAGUCUCUCUAUCAAAUGAAGAUCAGUCUGCACUCUCAACGGUCGAAACUCUCUACAAAGAAUGCUUCCCGAGUAUAUAUCAAGCUAAGCUGGAGGACGUUUACACAUUAUUCGAUUUAUCAACUGACAUUUUCACAGCUGCUUUUUCGGUUAGUUUAAUUCUGAGUUUUUCAAUUUGAAUUUCACUUAGGAAUCUGUUGAAAAUGAGGCCAAAAUGAAGAAAACUUCGACUGCGCCAAAAAAGUUGAAAUUACGGAAUCGCUGCUUUGAACUUGCCACCAAGUUGCUCACAGAUUGUUCUCACAAAAGUAAGUCUUUUAAGCUUCCCUCACGUAAAUUGACAAGAGAUUAUCAUUGGGGCGCGUUUUUCACACCCCUUUGAUUAAAUUUUUUUUUCUUUUAUCUUCUCGCACAUUGGUACCACAUCUAAGGUUGCGGCCCGAUUCAGUGGGUAGAAAAUGGCGAGAACUGUCGCCGCUGAGAAGACGUGCUCGGGAUGUUUGAGAACAAUUCUAGGGAUCACUUAAGAAUGCUGACGCUACUAGAGUGGUCACUAGAAAUGCCCGAACACGUCCGUUUCGCGUUACCAAUGUUCAAGUUUUUCAUGCCCAUUCCGAAGGGAUUCCGCGAAAUUCAAAAAAGCUGUCAGACAGUGAGAAGCGAUUUCAGCCUUUGUAAGUUAACUGCUAUUUCAUUCCUCCUUUGCAAUUUAACACAGCACAAAAAGCCCUCAGCUGCUUUUAAGAGCAUUGGGCUGGUACCUGGUACUGUUUAGCCGGCUUCGCUGUUGAUAGAACUUGUCCGCCAUGGAAUCAUUUUGAAAAAGUCUUCGCCACGAUUUUUUGUCAACGCGAUUAACUGAAUUUUCUAAGAUAAAAGACUUUCAAAUGCGGAAAAAAUAGGAUAUAAAUACAAAAGUUGAAUUAAAAAGAGCUGCUCGUAGAGUUAAAUUAUUUUAUUAAUUUAUGUCUUCAUGAGCAUAGACGGAAGAACCCUUUACGGGCCCUUUGAGCGUCCGUUAUGGGUCAAAAAGUUCCCAUUAAUUGUUCCUAAACGGGCGGCUACGGUUUCCUUUUUACUGUCUUUUUCCGUCCUUUCAUUGGCCUUCAUCCACCCUUUUUGGACCCUUUUGAGAGAUACAAUUUUUUUAAAUAACCUUUACAAAUGACUGUGUAUGAACCAAAUGUGCUACAGUGAUAAAAUCGGAAAUCAUCAAUGGCCGAGACUCAGCACAAAGGCUCAAUAAAGGGUGUAAAACGGAACCCUUUUAGUGGCCAUUUUGCAGUCUCUCCUUUUUUGCACCCGUUUUCCUCAAGAAAUGGUGGAAAAAGGGAGAGACAGCAAAAAUGGUGCAUAAGUGCCGACGAAAUGGCGCAAAAAGGAGCCUCUGUCACCCUAAAAGGAAUAUUUCUAUGAAGCCUUUUUCCACCCUUUCCGACUUUGCCUAUAAUAUCAGAUCAAGGUGAUUCUGGCUUCAAUUCAGUGUUAAUAAGAUCAUGCCGUUUUUUUCCUCAUUUUAAAAUUCUUCGAAACUAAAAACUUCAAAACCUCAAAAUUGUUCCAGUAGUAGUCGAUAGGUGAUUUUUCCAACACACUUUUUCGUCUCCAUUCUCCAGGCGUUCUUACUGAAAGAAAAUUGAAUAAAAAAGAAUUUUUUUGAUAUCAAACUGCUUUAUUUGAAGUUGUUGUCGAAAUUCCAUCGACUGACGAGAAUGAGUUCGUUGAAAGCUUCCUGCAAUUAUUUUAACAGUGAAAAAAGCAAGUCAAUUUCAUUAUUCGAAUUGCGAUGUUUUGACUGAUUAGCUAUGUAAAGUAGUAAGUAAGUUAGGGAAGUUUUAUCCAGUCAGAAGAACUAACUAGGCGGUGCGCUAGAGCUCCGCUCGGCCUUGUCAGAACUAAGAAUCCUAGACGCCGAAGGCCGUGACGGCAUUUUCCGCGGGGGUCCCAUCAUCGCUUUGUCAGCAUCGCGCUGCCAACAGUUUGUGCUUCGGCCACCGGAAUGGGCUUCGGCGUGA